AAGCAAAAGAAAAUAUAACCGAAAAGAGGCCAGAAACGCCAAUACCCAGAAACGCCAAAAGCAUUCUAACUCUCUGCUCUCUGUUCUCUCUCUGUGUACUCUGUUUUUUUUUUUUUGGUUUGGUUUCUGUGACACCCGCACGCACACCCAACCCACACGAGCGGUUCUCGAUCUCCAUGCACACAAACGAUUCCCACCCCCACACUUUCCUCUAUAUCUUCCCCUCGAAUCAUCUCUCCUUCCUCUCUCACUCGCCUUCUUCCAUUUUCAAAUUUCCUCCUUCCCUUCACCCUGCAAAUGCUACUCUGUUGCUUCUAAGUUCCGAUCCUUCCUCCUCUGUUUUGCUAUCCCCAUUUACCCUUCUUCGCUUUCAAAAUUUUCUUUUGGCGAUCUGGGAACUGAAAAAUGAGUCCCCAGCAGCAACAACUGCCCAGAAACAUUCAAACCAUUGCUGGGUUUCGCGUAUUUCAUCAUAAAGGAGCGAACUUUCCGCCUCUUUCGUCUCCUUCCCCUGUUUCUCAGCUUUCUCUUCACAGAGCUGAAAUGGUGGUUCAGAUUCCCACGGAGAGCAGUUCGGCGCUGGUUAUGGGUCAGAACAAGCGGCCGUUCUGGAGCCUUUCUCUGGACUUAAACGAAAACGAUGAAGAAGAAGGAGGAGAAGGAGAAGAAGGAGCAGGGGAAGCAGAGCAUUACUCUGUUCCCGGAAGAAAUGGCAGCCGGAAGAAGCUCUGUGCUAGAGGACACUGGCGACCCGCUGAAGACUCCAAGCUCAAAGAGCUCGUCUCUCAGUACGGCCCUCAGAACUGGAACUUGAUCGCUGAGCAUCUCCAAGGAAGAUCAGGGAAGAGUUGCAGGCUGCGGUGGUUCAACCAGCUUGACCCAAGGAUAAACCGGAGGGCAUUCAGCGAAGAGGAAGAAGACCGGCUUCUGGCUGCUCACCGCGUGUACGGAAACAAAUGGGCGAUGAUCGCCAGGCUGUUCCCAGGGAGGACCGACAAUGCCGUCAAGAAUCACUGGCACGUCAUAAUGGCCAGACGGCAGCGGGAGCAAUCCAACGUCUACCGCCGGCGAAAGCCAGUUUCUCCUCCUCCUUCUUCCUCUGUUUCCCCUGUUUCUUCCCCUGCUUCCCAAUCUCAUCAGUUACCGAUCCCAAACAAAAGAUUCACUACCGUUCACCAAAACGGCAGCGAAUCGACGACGACGAGCGGCGAUCGAUCCACUUGUACAACCGAUCUAUCCCUCACACCUUCCUCCAACAAGAGAGCGACUCCUCACUUACCCUUCUCCAGGUUCAGCCCACCGGCGAAACAACAAAUGGAUGCUGUUGUGGGUGCAGAAAAGGAGGUAAUCAUAAUGAAGAGAUCCGGAGACAGCAACAAUACCCACAGCUGUUACAGCAAUGGGUCUAAUCAUGACAAGGAAAGUGGCAGCGGCGUGAACCAAUCCGGUGGUGGGUCGGAUCAUUCCGAGAGCAGCGGGUCAGUUGGAACCGCCGGCGGGAAAAGCUUCAGGCGAGAGAAGAUAAUCAGAACAAGUGAUGGUGACAAUGGGAAUGGGGAGAUCAUGACCCUCCAUUUCAUCGAUUUCCUAGGAGUUGGAGCUACCAAUUGAUGAUGAUAAAAAAUAUGAAGCUGGGCUGCUUGUUCUAUUCCCCCUUUUGCCCCCUUUUUGGUUCUCUUUGCGAUUCAGGUGGAAUUUUAUGAGGCAGGGGAAAGUGCUCUGAAACAGAGGGGAAUUAUAUGGGCAGAGAAAAGAAGCUGAUGGACUGAUACAGUCUGCUGUUUUUUUGGCUUGUGUACAGGGUUGCAAUCGUAGCAAUGAGAGUUGAAGAGAGAAAGAUAGAGAGUGUGUUCGAGUAGUUUAUGAGCUAAUAAUAAAAACGAGGUGCUUAGAGUAGUUGUCGUCCCUGUCUCGAGAGAAAGCUGAGUUUUGUUUGUCUAAACAUGUCUUCCAGUCCUGUUUUUGAUAUUCAGAGUUUCUUCAUGAGUACAUCAAUGUAAAAAAUGAAACCUGUCUUCGUGUUGUUUUUUUGGGUUCUUACUGGUCGCUAGUGUGGUUCAUAUCAGUUUGCUGUUCCAUAUUGAGUUUCUUACAUGGUGAAUCGUAUCUUACUAGAUCCACAGGGGGAGGCAAGGUGUUUGUGGCAGGACACAUCUAGUUUUGGGAGCCUUUUAGUAUGCUAUUAAUCGUAUUGAUGUUCUAAAGGAUUGGUGUUUCGAAUGUUAAACGUGCAUGUUCGAUUUGUAUAAAAAAAGAAAAUUAUGUUUGUGCUUGGCUUAGUUUUUAAAGGUGUUUUUCUGUUCCAAAAGAUUAAGCAAGAUCAAACACCUCUAAAAUGUCGGCUUUUGAAAAGUUGAAAAAGUGUUUUUGCAUAACAUAAAAGCAUAAACUCCUAAUUGGAGCUUUUGACAAAAAUUGUCAUUAUUUUCGUGCCCAUCCUGGGUUUAGUGUGUGGUUUAUAUGUCGGGAGAACAAUAAGGUAGCUCACUCGGUAGCUAGAAAAGCCCUCUCUUUGUAUCCGGCUGAUAGUCGCUUCUUUGAUUUCCUGGCUUGUCUGAUUUUCAGGAUGUAACUAUCUAUUUGUUUGGAUUAAUAUAUAUUAUCUUUUGACAAAAAAAAAGAUAAAAAUUGUUUUGAAAAUACAAUACUUUCCUUAUCAUAUUUUUAAUUUUAUUUUGGAAAAUCUAAUUUGCUAUCGUUUAUAAAAUUUUAAAAAUAAAACAAAUUAGAUAAUAAUAUUAUCAAAUAUAAAAGAGGGAAGGUUUGCGGUGCUAACAAAAAAAUUGUUAGCAUGAAAAACAGUACCUCCUUCCGGGUAGAUCAGUCGUGUUUGGGGUAAAACUAGGGUCAAAAGCAUCCAAGUAACCAAAUGUCUGGCCGGAGUUGGGAGAGAUCAGAGAGUUGGAGAGUUGGCGAGGUUCUGGGUUUCUUCGGGGAAGGGAAAGUGAGAGUCUUUUGUUUUGCAGGUCGGAAGCUGAAGGGUCAAGAGAAGGCUACUCGGCAACCAGGGAUGAGUGCAGAAGGCAGAUUCAUAUGGGUGAAAAGAUCGUGUCAGUUCGGAAGAUUGAGUUCGGAACGGAAAGGCGAUACAAGUUGCAGGUGGGUUGGCGUGAAAGGAAGUGGAGUAUAAUGAUGGAUGAGGUUCUUAUUACGUGGAUAUAGGGGGUCCUUCAAACUGCAGCAAGAAGGAACUGGAGAUUCCCAGUCAGUUGCGUGAAGAGUAGCAGGGGAAGAUUGAUACACAUAGGGAGUGCAAAAAAUUGGCAGGGACAGUACAUACAGAUCUCAGAACAGGCAAGGAACGGUAGAACUUACAAAGUUAUCAUUCCAGAAGAUAGUCAUCGGAGAGGGUGGGCUCCUAUCAUAUACAUGUUAAGCAACUUCUAUACAUAAGAAUUGAAAUUGAAGAUCCAAAACUCCUACGGAACGCAGUGGUAGAGUGCAUGCCGGAAACAGAGUAUGAAAGGGAGAGACCACACGCAAAAUCGUAUGCAGAGACAGUCAAGGGAGGGGGGCUUCUAUGGGGCUGGUAAGUGCAUAAUAAUGGGGAAUGGUUCAGACCGGUGUAUAGUAGUAGGGAAAGAGGGAGUACAAGAAAGAACUGAGUUUCUGGGGAGAAGCUUAAUUAUAAGGUGGGGUGAUGAUCACUCUUUCACAUCGGAAGAUAUCCCAGAUUUUAGAAGAUGGGCAGUUCGAAAUUGGGAGAUCAAUGACAAUUUUGGUAUUGAAGAUAGAUCCGAUGGAAGCUGGUUCCUGGUGUAUCCAAGUGUGGCCGAGGAUGGGAGAAUAAGAAAGAUGAAUCAUCUUCAAUAUAGAGGUGUAAAGCCUCUGAUUGUAAGCUGGACAGAUGAGGAGGAAACUUCAGAACAGGUCGGGUAGUGCACUACAAAGACCUGCCCUGCCCAUUUGAUUUUCGCCCCGCCCUGCCCCACGACCUGCCAUGGGUAAUGCUCGUCUGACCCAUGCCCUCCCUGUACGGGGCGGGUCAUAUGCCCCAUGCUUCUCAAAGAACAAAUAAUAACAUUAAAAUUUCAUG